CCAAUGGAAUGUAUUGAAAAACCUGUGGAAAAAAUUGAUGUCUCCAAAGAGGCCGGGUACACGCCCUGGAGCUAUCUCCUCUCAAAGCCUUCGCCUCCACCCAGACUCCAGGCUGGUCGGCCGAGAGAAAAACCUGUGGGGAUACAUGAUAAGGAUGAACAGAAUAAAGACAAACUCCAGAAGAACUUUGACAAACUUCAGAAGGACUUUGACAAACUUCAGAAGAACUUUGACAAACUUCAGACGAACUUUGACAGUCUUCAGGAACAAGUUGAUGAUAUCUGCAAAAGAAUUGGUAAGAAUGGACAACAAAAAGCUGGGACUAAAUCAUAUGCUGUUUGGAUGAAAGAAGAACCGAAAGCUGUAAAUGUGACUCUGAAUGCAGCCACUGCCCAUCCUGCCCUCCUCCGUUCUGAAGAUGGGAAGCGAGUAACCUGGCAAGAGACUUGUCAGGAUCUACCCAGUUCCUUGCAGAGAUUUGACUCCCUUCCCUGUGUGCUGGGUCAGCAGGACAUCAGCUCAGGGAAAUGCCACUGGGAGGUAGAGGUUGGGCACAUGCAGUCCUGGGACCUGUGAAUUUGUGGGAUAAUGUAAAAAAGAAGGGGAGGGUCACAAUGUCCCCAGGGAAUGGUUUCUGGGCCAUCAGGUUCUAUGACGGGGAAUACUGGGCUCUCACCUCCCCAGAAACUCGUCUUACUCUAAAAGAAAGACCCCUUAGUGUGGGGAUAUUCCUGGAUUAUGAGUCUGGAGAAGUAUCCUCUGUAACAUGACAGUUGGAUCCUAUAUUUUCAGCUUUCCCAAGAACACAUUCUAUGGUGUUCUAAGACCACUUUUCAGACUUUGGUCCUCUGGCUCAGGGCCCUGGAGCAUCGUCCAUGUGGAGGAGAAGUGACUAUGUGCUUCAUAGGCCUACCCUUCCCUGAGUAAUGAUGACAUUGGGCCCCAAAGAUGAUCACAAUUCUCCCAGCAGCCACAAUUAUUUUUUUCUAUCUUACUGGUUCAUUCUCAAGAUGAAGCUAUGGUACACAGACUGAUUUAAAAUUACUCCUAUUGCUUUUUCUUGCCUAAUUGCUCUGGCUAAGGCUUCCAGAACCAUGAUGAAUAAAAGUGGGCAUCACUGUGUUUCUGAUCUUAGAGAAAAAGCUUUCAAUUCCUUACUGUUGACAAUGAUGUCAUAUGUGGCCUCCAACAUGUUGAGGUAGUUUUCCUCUAUACCCAGUUAGUUCAAAGUCUUUAUCAUGAAUGCAUAUUGAAUAUUGUCAAAUGCUUUUCCUUCAUCUAUUGAAAUGAUCAUGUAUUUGUCCUUCAUUUUCUUAACAUGAUUGAUUUGUGAAUAUUGAGCCAUCCUUACACUUGUGCAAUAAAUUUUAUUGAU